AUGUUUGUCUGUCAACCAAACUCAGUUAUUGAUAAUAACAAUAAUAAUAAUAAUAGUGAAAAUGAACAAGAUGAUAAAAAUAAUUAUUCAAAAUUUUUAACAUCUUCACAAUUAUCAGCUUAUAUAACAUCAAUAAUUAAUAAUCAAAAUGGUAAAUUACUAAUCAUUGAUUGUGGAUUACCAUUACGAUAUAAUGAACGACGUAUAAAAGAAUCAUUUUUAUUGAAUAUUAAUGAUAAAUUAUCUCGUAAACGUUUAUUAAAUCGUGGUUUAAAAAAUUUUCUUGAUCAAAAUCAUUUAAAUCGUUUAAAUCAAUCAGAAAUUGUAAUACUCUAUGAUGAUUCAACAUCUUCAUCAUCAUCUUCAUGUUCAAAUUCAAAAAUUCAACCACAAUUAUCAUCAACAAUUAAAUGUAUAUUUGACGAAAUCAAACGAUAUGAUAUAAAUAAAACAAUUUAUAUUCUACAAUCAUCAUUUGAUGAAUUCUAUCAAUAUUAUCCAACAUUAUGUUAUGUUAGUUCAAUAAAUAUCAGUUCCGAUGAUCAUGAAUUACCAUCACCAACAAUUGAUAUUGAUUCAUAUGAUAUGUCAGAAAUUUUACCUGGACUUUAUCUUGGUAAUGCACAUGAUGCUAAAGAUAAAAAUUUAUUAGAAAAAAAUCAAAUUAAAUCGAUUGUAAAUAUUUCAAAAACAAUACCAUGUUAUUAUGAACAAGAUAAAUUAUUUAAUUAUUUACAAUUAAUUUGUAAUGAUUCAUGUCAAGAAAAUAUUCUUCAAUAUUUUGAUAAAACAUUAGAAUAUAUACAUAAAAAUUUAUUAUUAAAUCAAAAUAUUCUUGUUCAUUGUCAAGGUGGAGUUAGUCGUAGUCCAUCAUUUAUUAUUGCAUAUUUAAUGAAAUAUCAUUCAAAAACAUUUGAUCAAGCUUAUUCGAUUGUUAAAGAUAAACGAAAAAUAAUUAAUCCUAAUUUAAGUUUUCUUGCUCAGUUAACACGUUAUGAACAAAUGAUAAGAACAAUUACGCAGUAA